UAAUAACAAAAUACAAUUUGCUCAUAGUGACAUCAAUCUUUCAUCAGACAUCAACAUCAUCAGUCAAAUAGUUAAAGAUUUUAAAAUGAAAUUUUCUGUUUUUAUUUUCCUUAUUGUUGCGUUAGUGGCCUCCCUUACGCCUUUCGCUGCAGCUAGCCCAAUAUUGGAGAAUAUUCAAACUAAUAAUGAAAUUGUGCCACAGAAACAACCUAAAGAAUGUCAAGCUCUAGGAGGACCCUGUUUUUAUUCAGAUGAAUGCUGUGGCAAACGUUGUAACUUUUAUGCCCACAAAUGUACAACGUAAAUUAUUUAAUUAUUGUUAAAUAAAUCUAGAUGAAUUACAUAUUAUUUCGA